AUGAAAAGGGGGAAAGCUGGGGAGGGAGAGGAAACAAGAGGUCAGCGGAAGAGAUGGGCGGAGGAGCGAUGAGAACCGCCGUGAAGGCCGCGGCCCUAGGCAGCUACCGCACGAUCGGCCCGUUGGCUGGCCGUGCGGAGUUGGCGGUCGGACGGCGGGCUCACCAUCCUUCCAACGCAACCGCCUCCACCGAGGCAUCGCCUGCCUUCUCCAUUUCCGCGUCCGAGAAGGCGCCGCAGGACGCGGCUAUUCUGUCGGCCGCUCAGAUUCCGUCAUGGGAGAUCGAUGAUUGGGAGUUCGCUGGGUGGACGGAGGACGAGGAGGUCGCGCUCCGCGAUUCGUUGCAUCCGCCCCCUAGGGUCGUCUUCGGGCCCGUGCCGACGCUGGAGGAAGCCAAGGAGGCGACUGCCGAUCUCGAAGAUGCCGUAAAGGACUUGUACUUUUCUCCAAUUUCCAAUCAUUCUCCUAGAGCAGUUCCGCAUGAAUCUACCAAUCUCGAAGCUUCAGCAAUCGUUCUUCCAUCGAUUCCCAAACAUGUUGCCCAAACAUUUGCAUUGUUGCAUGGAAACUCUGAAGUUCAGGAUGUUGUUGCUUCCAUCGCCGCUGACAAGAAUGUUUGGGAUGCUGUUCUGAAAAACCCCAAAGUUGCUGAAUUCUACAAGACACACAAGUCAAUUGCUGCCCCUCCAUCCGAAUCCAGCGUCGAAACUGAACUACUGCCUGUCGCCGAUGAAGGUUGUGAAUCGUCUACUGCCGAAUCAACUAGAAGCUCACCGUUAGCAGAUUUCAUGUUUAUGGUGAAAGACAAAGUCACACAAGUAGUGAGCAACAUCUCCGACUUCCUCCAGGACUUCUUUGAGCCAUCAGCUGAAACUUCCAGCGCAAAGAGUAGUAGCCCUGAAAAUGAUAAACCACUCGUCGACUUCACUUUGGGAGCAUCUCUCAUGGCUCUAGCAGUCACAACGAUAUUGGUUAUCUUGUUCAAGAGAGCAUAACCUGAUGCUUCUAUGUGCUCUACGAUGUAUUGCUUGCUGUCUUAAACUACUUAAACAACAAACAGGUUUGUGGUAUUUCUGUGGUUUAACCUCUGUGGACAAUAUUUAUAUCAACUUAUAUUUGAGUUUCUCAA